UUAUUAAUAAGAUAUAAAAUUUAUAAAAAUUUUUUAUUAAUCGUAUAAAUUUUUAAUAAAGUUUAAUUAAAAAAAUGUUACAAGUAAAAUCUCCAUUAUUCUUUGAAAUAUUUUAUGAAUGUCGAACAACAAAAGCUAGAACUGGUAGAAUAACACUUAUUCAUCAUCAAAUAGAUACACCAGUAUUUAUGCCAGUAGGCACACAAGGUACUUUAAAAGGUUUAUUACCUCAACAAUUAGAACAAUUAAAUUGUCAAAUUAUACUUGGAAAUACAUAUCACCUUGGAACAAGACCUGGUCUUAAUGUUAUGCAAAAAGCUGGUGGUUUACAUAAAUUUAUGAAUUGGAAAAGAGCUUUAUUAACUGAUUCUGGUGGUUUUCAAAUGGUAUCAUUAUUAGAACUUGCAAAAAUUACAGAAGAUGGUGUUAAGUUUAAAUCACCAUAUAAUGAAUCAGAUUGUAUGUUGACACCUGAACAUUCCAUACAAAUACAAAAUAUAAUAGGUGCAGAUAUAAUUAUGCAACUUGAUGAUGUAGUUAAAAGUACAUUAACAGGACCAAGAGUAGAAGAAGCAAUGUAUAGAACAACUAGGUGGUUAGAUAGAUGUUUAAAAGCACAUCAAAAACCAAAUGAACAAAGUAUAUUUCCAAUUGUACAAGGAGGACUUGAUCCCAAACUUAGAUCAGAAUGUGCAAAUCAAUUAAUUAAGCGUAAAGUCAAUGGGUAUGCAAUAGGAGGAUUAAGUGGUGGAGAAUCUAAAGAUGAAUUUUGGAAAAUGGUAUAUCUCACUACAAAUAUACUUCCAAAAAAUAAACCACGAUAUUUAAUGGGUGUUGGAUUUGCUAUUGAUUUAAUUAUUUGUUCUGCUUUAGGAAUAGAUAUGUUUGAUUGUGUAUUUCCUACAAGGACGGCGAGAUUUGGUUGUGCAUUAGUACAUACUGGCCAAUUAAAUUUAAGACAAGUUCAAUAUCGUAAAGAUAUGAGACCAAUAGAUGAAUCAUGUGAAUGUAAUACAUGUAAAACAUAUACACGUGCUUAUCUUCAUCAUAUUGUAACAGUAGAAACAGUUGCAUGUCAUUUGCUAUCUAUUCAUAAUAUUGCAUUUCAAAUGAAACUAAUGGAAAAUAUUAGACAAAGUAUUAAAGAACAAAGAUUUCCAAAAUUUAUACAACAAUAUAUGUUAGAUUUAUAUCCAAAUAAGAAAUACCCUUCAUGGAUUGUUAAUGCCUUGAAAACUGUUGAUGUUAUAUUAUUAUAAGAGAUGUAAUUUAUUUUCAUAAUAAAAUUUUUCUUUUUCAA